AUGAAGGGUUCAGCGGUCGACGAUGUCAAGCAUAAGGCGACGCCCUAUUGUCCCGUUCGCCGAGUCCUGACCGUCUUCAAUGAGGCAAACGUAUGGUUUUAUAGGAAGCAGGAGACCGGCAACUCAGUAGAGAAGCAUAUAUCAGUGUACGAAGUGAACUGGGAUGUCUCCAGCAAAGAGGACUGGGGUCCGCUACUACCAGAAGAUGCAAAAGAGGCGCUGCUGGAGACCAACACCAUCGUGCCCAUUCAGGCAGGCUGGGCACAUGGCGAUGAUCUGAAGUAUAGCAACAUUCUGAAGAAGGAUAUUGACAUGCUACAGGCCAGUUUACAGUCGCGUCUCGAGAGCAACAUACGGCAAUAUCGGAGUUCGAUUGGCACCGGUCUGACUAGACUGGACUCGAGCCUCCGCAAUGCUUUGUUGGAAAUAUGUCUGCAAUUUGAGAAGCACGCUCAAACUCAUCGAGUGUCGGGCAAUGAAUCAGUCUUCCCUCUCAAGGCGAAAGAGGUCCCGGAGAUCACAAGAGCAAGCUUAGAGCAAUCAAUGGGGACUUUGGAUCAACUCGUCGGUGAUGCCCGCGUGUUCGGAGUCCCCAUUAACGUGACCUUCACUGAUGCAGCCACAUUAUGGCAAAAGGUCGUCAAUACUGGCGUCCUCGAUCCUGUGGCUCAGUCCUGCGACUUCGCGGUAGCCGUCCGUAUAUUCAGCUAUCCAGUCGAUGUCCUUAGUGUGUGGGCUUUCGUUGUGUGUUGUGCUAGAGAUUGA